AUGACCAACUUUAAUCAGGACAAGGCAUAUGCCGCUCAAGAAGUUGGGACAGAUUUCUUCGACGAUGGCCGUGAAAUCGAGCUCUUGCAUUUCGUUUACUCGCAUCCCCGCUUAGAAGAAAUCCGUGGAUCCCCGGAAAAAGUUCUCGAGGCCAUUGAUGAAUUUGGACGAACGAAGAAGUACUUAAUGAAUGUGGGAGAAGAUAAAGGCCGCAUUGUAUCUAAUCUCAUCAAGGAAGUGAAGCCAAAAGUGAUGGUUGAACUCGGAGGGUAUGUCGGCUACUCGUGCAUACUCUUCGGCGAUGCAGUUCGCCGAUCGGGUGGUCAGUCUUAUUUCAGCCUUGAAAUGAACCCGGAGUUUGCGGCUGUCAUCAUGUCUUUGGUUGACCUCGCUGGCCUCGGAGAUAUCGUCAACGUCAUAGUUGGCGCAAGCGACGCUUCUAUCGUGCGCCUGGUCUCCGAGGGUCGACUCAAUCACAUUGAUCUUAUGUUCCUCGACCAUUAUAAACCAGCCUAUACGACUGAUUUGAAACUCUGCGAGGAGCUCAAGUUGAUCACCCCAGGGUCUGUUCUGGCUGCUGAUAAUGUCAUCAAGCCUGGAAAUCCUCCUUAUCUUGAGUAUGUGAGAAGAACGGUCGAGGAGAAAAGAGAGAACCUAGGAGAGCAGGUCAAGAGCAAAGGAAUACCUGGAAGAACUGUUGAUCAAUACAAGAAGAGGUAUGGAGAGAUGCAAUUCAACCAGAGCCGUGGCAACCCAAAUCUCGUGUACGAGAGCAAGUUGAUUAACAGCUUUGAGCCGACUGGCGUACCGGUAAGAUUAUUCCACAAUCUGAAACGCAAAGUUCUAACUCAUGCAUAG